AAGUUCAAUUUGACAUUCGUAUUUUCAUUUGACAAAAUUCCAGUCUUUGUUUACAAACAACGCAUAAAAUCACGGAAUUAUCAUCACAUUUAAUCGAAAAAUUAAGUUAAUUUCAUGAAACAGUACAAAAUGGCAACUAUAUCGAGUCCCAGCGUAAUAAAACAGCCGUUACGAAACCUAGAAAUUCCGCUAAGUAAAUUUUCAGAAGAGGUAAUUCCUCAUCACCAAAAAAUAUUGGAACAGCACAAGAAUUAUAUUAACAAGCUAAUUUCUGUAGGCAAUGUAGAACAGUUAUCUAGGGAAAUAAUAGACAAAAAAAGAGUAAUUAAACAAUUAAGAGAUCUUUUAUAUGAACUAGACACUUUAAGAACGCAAGUUGAAGACAGUGACCUGGAUUCCUUCGAUAAUAGGACUAUGCCCUUGAGAACCUCAAUCUUAAAGCUCACAAAAACUUACCAAGAUCUAGAGAAAGCAGGUAACAAGUUAAUACAUAAAAAUGACUCCUCACCAGAAGAAUCAUUAAAUGAACGAGUAAAUCCAUUUGAGGGAGCAUCUCAUCUACAAAUUGCAGAAAGUGUCCAUGCACUAAAGCUGAAACAAAAACAAGAAAGACUGGACAGAGUUCAAGAAAUCCAAAAAGACACAGAAGAUCUACACGCAAUUUAUAGAGAUAUACAUGGAAUGGUACAAGUACAAGGAGAUCAAGUUACACAGGUUGAGGAAACGACAACAAAUACUGAACAAAAUGUAAACCAAGGAUUUAUGGAUGUUGUAAAAGCUCAUAAAAUAAAUGCUGUAGCUUACCCAGCAACUGGGGCUUUUGUAGGUUCUCUUUUAGCUGGCCCCAUAGGCCUGCUGGCUGGUCUCAAAGUGGGCAGUAUUGCUGCUGUGGGCUGCGCCUUUGCUGGCUACGCUAGUGGGAAGUUUAUCAAAAAACGGAUGGACGAAGAUCAGUCGAAUGAAUCUGAACACGUAGUGAACAACGAAAAUAAUGAGAACCAUACCGUUGUAACAAACGGUGGUAAAAAGAAUAUGUGACAUAAAGGAUGCUGUUAAAAAAAUAAUUAUUAGUAGAUAUAUUAAGAGAGUUUUUUUUGCUUUUAUGCUUAUGUAUUUUGGGUAUGAAUAAUUUAUAAAAUAAAGAAUAUUAAAACCGUA